AUGACUAUCACACUCAGUCGAUUGUCCGCCGUGGAUCUGCGGCAGCCUGGAGUCCUUGGCCGUAGUCACGGUCCCGAAGUCGUCCCCAUCGACGAGAAGCAGAGAUUCCUCCCGGCCAGUGCUGGCCCUCCGUCGCCCAUGCAUCGCGUUCCGACUCUGGAGGGAUCGCAUGGUCCGCCCGGUGCGCCGGCAGUCUACGAACAGCCAUGGCGCCCGCCGCCGUACUCGUCCUCUUAUGAGGCACACCCGGCGGAACCGCGUCGCACGUCCAACGCUCCUCCCCCCACACUGCCCCCUCACGGCUAUCCCGUCAUGCCCAAUCGUGAGCUACCGCAGCUUCCACCUGAUGGCCCAUAUAGUCGACAAGGCAGUCUGCCAGGCCCGGCGCAUACCCCUCCCGAGGCUCCCACCCCCCAUCCAAGCUUUCGCCCCAUGAACGGAACUCCCCAUGACGCCGCUGCCCACUCCGCACCCCCCGACUACCGGUCGCGCAUGUCCUUUCCGCCUCAGGAGACUCACAGUCACAGUCACAGCAAUGGGGACCCUGCGCCCCCCCCUCAUACCUUACCCCCGACCCAAUAUUCCACCCCCGUUCCGCCCAUGUCGCAUACUCCGACGCCGUACGAUUCAAGUUAUUACGGAAGUCAGGGUUAUGGGAUCCGUCAACGCAAGGCCGCGCGAGCGCAACAGGCCUGCGACCAAUGCCGAACGAGGAAGGCCAAAUGCGAUGAAGGCCGCCCCGCUUGUAGCCAUUGCAAGGAGAACAAUUUGAUCUGUGUUUACAAAGAAGUUCCACCUCACAAGCAAGAAAAGGCAACCCAGCUUCUCCUGGACCGGAUCUCCCAAUUAGAAGAUGGCCUGAACGAGAAGCUUGAACGACUGUCCAAGCUUCAAGUAGAGCAAUCGAAUCAGAUCACUCAGAUAACAACCUACCCUCGGCUGAAAGAGUCCAAGGUCGUCAACAGCAAUGAAUCAGAAAAACAAGCACUUCCCCGGUCACAAAAGGCGGACCUCCCGGAUAUCCUCCAGAAGACGGAAACCAAGGAAGAAGACAUGAACGCGAUCGUGGGCGAGGAGCUGGAAAGAGUCGAAGGGGAAGGGCUUCCGCAAGGGGAAGAUGGCGACCUGUCAAUACCGGUCGAGCAUACCACUGCGGCGCAUAAACUGCUUUCGUGGGGUUCUAUCAAGACCCUUCUGGAACCGAGAGAGUACGACGAUGAUUACGUGAUGAAGCUGGAAGAGGAGCGCGGCUUGAUCCUGGUCUAUGGCCGCGGCGAAGGUCAUGACACCAGUGAGAGCCCGGCCAUGACCUUUUCCACAUCGCACCCCCACUGGGACCAGUCAUACCCCAAUGAUGCCUCUCCCAGCGGCCAAUGGAAUGGCCGAGCAAAUCAAAACGGCUCCCAUCUCAAGGUGCUGCGACCGAGCAUCGAUGAUUUUGGCAUGUUCAGCACCGACCCGGAGACUGUUCGUCAUUAUCACAACAGCUACCUGAAUCACAUGCAUAAGCUUCAUCCAUUCUUAAAUCAAUCCGAACUGAGCGGCCGGAUCGAAGCAUUCAUUCAGAGAUAUUGCCCACAGUCCAAUAUCGUGAAUAAUAAUACCGCCGGGGACAUGCCACGGGGUGCGAAAAGGAAGCGUUCCUGCGAAGUGUUACAAGGUGCAGGAUGCGAUAUGCAGUAUCCUCCUGGAGCUAAACCCGACCGCCCCAGCCCCACCCCGCGCGUCGAGAAGUCGCUCGAAAAUGCCAUUAUUCUGUUGGUGCUCGCACUGGGUAGUAUUUGCGAUAUCCGGGGAGCCAUCCCGGGUCCAGUUACGGACACGCCGGUGGACUUCCGGAAAGAGAGGAUUCCGGGGCCCUCUACACGCAGUAUGCUCUCACCGACAGAUACGGAGUCAGUUCUUCAGUCGCAGGGGAGCAUAUUCUCCCAGGGACAGAGCACAUCCUUUUCAUCCACCGCCGACGGCUCGAAGGCUUUUCUGGACAAUCGCCAUCUCAGGAAUGUAGAUGUCAUUCCUGGGUUGGCAUAUUAUGCGUAUGCCGCGCAGAUUCUCGGAAGUCUACAAGGCGCGAAUGGGCUGUACCAUGUCCAAGCAUCUUUGCUAGCAGGGCUUUACGCAGGACAGUUAGCGCACCCUUUCCAGAGUCAUGGCUGGAUUUAUCAAGCGGCUAGAUCGUGCCAAGUGCUUGUUCGAUCGAAACGGUACGAACAGAUGAAUGAUGGUCCCCUGAAAGACCUGUAUGACUUCGCAUACUGGACUUGCCUCCAACUCGAGAGCGAUAUUCUUGCCGAACUUGAUCUUCCGGCUAGCGGUAUAUCUCGCUCGGAAGCGCGCAUUGCCUUGCCCAAGGGUCGAACCCUUUCUUUGCCAAACGAUGUUCAUGCUCCGAGUACUAUGAUGAUGUUCUUCUACUCCGCCCAGAUUCAUCUAAGAAAGGUUCUCAACCGUGUCCAUACUGACUUGUACAAAGUCGAAAAACAUGGCAACACCGACCAUUGGUCUCCAAGCGUCCAGGAGAUCCUGAGCAUGAACCUCGAGCUAUGGAGGAGUAGCUUGCCUGAUUUGAUGAAGUGGAAGGACACGGAUCCCCCACACCCGGACAUCAACGUCGCUCGGAUGCGAGCCAAGUACUAUGGCGCGCGGUACAUCAUUCAUCGACCGCUCCUCUACCAUGCUCUGCAUUUGAACACGAACUCUGCUGGCGGGAGUGGCCGAUCAGCGUCGGUCGACUCGCCUAUCGGAUCUGCGAUGUCGGGGUCGAGAUCGCAACAAGUCUCCCCGUCAUUACCUCACAGCCAACGGGCCAUUGCUAUGGCGCGUUUGCCCAGUGAUGCUGGCCCCAUGGCUCGAAGCGCUCCCACCCCGACCCCAACUCCGGGAGGAGCAGCAUGGGCCCCCUUCGCCUAUCGUGACCUUAACCCCAAGCUGCGAAGAGCGUGCAAAGUAUGCAUCGACUCCGCCAUCUUGAGUACGGAGGCCUUUGAUGGCAUUGAUGGCCGACCAGUGGUGACGAAUAUCUUUGGAACCGCCCAUGCCCAAUUCGGCAAUAUGCUGGUGCUAUCGGCUACUUACAUGUCGAGCCUCUCCGAGCUGGUUGAUCGGAACGACCUCGAGCGCCUGCUCAAGCGAACCAUCCGCUUUCUCCUUCAAAGCCGCGAGAUCUCGCCCAGUCUACGUGCCGACGCGAAGAUCCUCAGCGAGAUCUAUGAGAAGAUUUUUGGAGAGCCCGCGGGUAUCCUGGCUCAUUACGAUUAG